UGGCAAACGGAGCAGAGUGAGGCAGAAUGCUGCUUUCUGUGAGGAUCCUGGUCUGUCUGUUUCUGUAUACUCAGAAAGGUCAGGGGGAUCUGAGUUGUCAGAUCAACCAGAAACAAUUAAUGAUUCUGGCCACAGUAAAUGAAAAAGUGAAGAUUUCAUGUGAGUACAGCUGCCGCCUGAAACCGCAGCCCGGUAACCUGACUUCAUCACCAGCCAACCCUGUCAGAUACAUUGUGAAACUGUAUAAGGACCGCCAGAACCAGACUGUCCAAUGGUUAUCAGGCCAAGCAGUUGAACCCCACACCAGGUUGAACUGGGAGAAGAGAGUGACGCACACAGGGGACAGCGGUGUCUAUUACUGCACAGAUUCCUACAGGACAACAUCAGGGACACUCCUGCAAGUGAAACAUGCUGUUUACAAGAAGACUUCUUUCACCCUGCAGUACAUCCUGGGAACUAUUUGCAUCAUCCUGGCAUUGUACAGUGUCAGUGCUACGUUGGUGGUACUCAUCAAAAGGAAGGUGUGUGACAGGUGUAAGGUUUGCCUGAUGAAACCUGCUAAUCCAGACACAGUGCUCCAGGCUCAGAUAUCGCCCAACUCCGAAUCACAGCAAAAUAACAGAUCACGUAGCACAGAGGAUGCUACUGAAGAUGCCUACAUGGUGAGGCUCUGCAAAUACAUGAGGUAUCAGUGUACAGCUCUCUACACAAUGACACAUCCAAAAUGCAAGGUUCAUCUCGAAGAAAUAAAGAAUCAACGAGUGCUCAGAAUGUGCAGCCUCAGUCCCAGGAAGACGCUUACGAGUGCGUUUAUGAGAAUUUCUGAAGUAAAGGCCCCCUGUAGGAAAUGGAAGAAGGUGCAGCGUCCCCCCCACCUACCCCAACCACCAGACGCGAUAUCAGAGCCAGUGUGAGCUGUACCUAUUCCCCAGGCUGUGGCCCUGACUCAUGGUGCUUUUCCAGACGCUGUCACACCAAGGAUCCUCCUCCAGCCCUGAGACUGAGUCUGCCUCUGUCAGGGCUGGGCUGACUGUUCUAUCAACCCUCGUGACCAAACUCCAUUGAUCACAGGAUUAUAAUGGUACAUAGGAGACCAUUCAACCCAGCGUGUCUGCUCCAGCUCUCUAAAAGAGCAUCAAUGACUUUGUGACAAUCUCCGGCCAUUUCCCUGUGAACCUCCACUGUUUUUUCUAUUGAAAUUGCCCAAUAAUAUUAAAACCCUCAGUUGAACGCGCCUCUGCCAUUUUUGCAGACAGUGCAUUCCAGCCCUAAAUUCCUCACGCAGUGACAAAAGUUUCUUUCUCACCACAUUUGUCCCUUUUGCAAACGACUUCAGAUCUAGCGAGUUUUGAGAAGAUUUGUAGCUCAGGUUGAGGUUCUGGAUGUGAGUUUGCUCGCUGAGCUGGAAGGUUAGUUUUCAGACGUUUCGUCACCUUUUUUUUUAUUUGAAAAAAUAUACUUUAUUCGUGAGAUGUACAAAAAAU